AUGGAUGAAGAGUUGGCAUCCGAUCUACAGCAUUUUCGCUCGAGAUAUCCUUUCGACGAUGAUGCGUACAAUUACAUUAUGAAUUCCAGCAUAGAGGUGCAGCGCGAACUAUUGCGAGACUUCAAACCCAAGCAAGAGGGUGAGGAGGACUACUCCGCCCUCAUCAUGGGAUUUACCAAGAAGCGGCGGCAGUCUGUGAAAGAGCGGCAGCAGCUGAACCGCUUUGUGCCUCAACACUAUGAACAUUAUCAGCCCGACUAUCAGUCCUUCGGAACCUUCGGCGCAGAGCAAGACGUGUCAUUGACCGAACACGAGCUGCAGGCCUUCAGGGACAGAUAUCCGUUUGACGAGGAUGCGUACAGGUACAUUGUCUCCUCGCCGCCUCAUGUGCAAAGAGAAAUCCUUCGCACGUUCAAGCCUCCAAGGGAGGGCGAAGAGGACUACUCCGCUCUCGUCAUCACUUUUUCAAAGCGAUGUCGCAAUGCAGCUCCAUCUUGGGACACUUCUCCGAUGAGUCGUGGGCCGAGUGGUGCAGAAUACGAAGCGUUCCGACAGCGAUACCCCUUCGAUGAUGACACGCACAAUUAUCUGCAGAGCUCACCCCCUGAAGUGCGAAGGCAGGUUUUGCAGAGCUUUAAACCUCCACGUGAAGGUGAGGCGGACUAUUCCGCGCUGCUGAUCAGCUUCUGCAAAAAGAUGCGGGAACAGCGGCUGCCCCCGCAAUUGACUGCACCACAGCUGGGGAAAGGUGGCUACCAAUCUCAGCCACGAAAUCUGGGAGUGGGACUUUGGCCGCAGAUGCAGCAGCCAUCCCACCAACCGCCUUGGCACCAGCCACCUCCUCCACCGGCUCCACGUGGCGGACGGUUUAGAGAAGAGCGCUACGCAGGCUAUGACGGCGAUGACGUUGCGCUCCAUACAUUUCGACAAAGGUACCCAAUGGACGAGCGAGCUUUUGACUUUCUACGGUCUUCUCAACCCUGGGUACAGCAAGCAGUGUUGGAGAGAUUUUCUCCUCAACGUCAGGAUUCAGAUUACUCGGCGUUGAUCAUUUCGUUUGCGAAAAAGUGCCGUGAACGAGACCAGGCAGGUGGCCUGGAUGCCAAACGGCCCCGCGUGUAUUGA